AUGCUAAUUAAGAAAAUCCGAGAUGUUCCUUCAUCACUAAAAUACGAAACUAUAGCCAAGCCAAUUAUUAAUCAAGUUUUACAUAGUAAUGACGACCUUGUUAGUGAUGACUAUUAUAACUUUGAUUGUAAGAAACAUGGUUUUUAUUUAAUUUCAAAACUCUUCACCUAUAAUGAUAAUAGAAUGCUUAAUUUGGCAAUUAAAGUGAUGAACAUGUUGAAUUUGUGGAAUAACAAAUUCAUUGUCAUGAUGAUUGUAAAGAUAAAUCCAACAACAGUAUUUGAAAACGCAAGUAAAGAACUGAAAAGAGACAGAGAAAUUGUUUUAGAGGCUGUUGGGUGUAAUCCUUGUGUUUUGAAAUAUUUAUCUUAUGAUUUGAUAAGUGACAGAGCAAUUAUUAUGAAAGCAAUGCAAAUUAAUGGACUAGCUCUUAAAUAUGCCUCAAAAGAAUUACAAAAUGACAGAGAAAUAGUACUUCUUGCAGUUAAGAAUAAUGGAACGAGUCUAAACUAUACUAAUAUUAGAAAUGACAGAGAAAUUGAAAUGGAAGCAGUUAAGAAAAAUGGUCUUGCACUUGAAUAUGUCUCACACCAUUUGAGUAAUGACAAGGAAAUUGUAUUGACAGCUAUUAAUCAAGACCUGAAUGCUUUUAUAUAUGCAUCAAUUGAAAUACAAAAUGAUAGAGAACUUGUUUUGGAAUUAGUUAAAAAAUCUGCAUGGAUUUUUCAAUUUGCUUCAAAAGAAUUAAGAGGUGAUAGAGAAAUUGUUACAGAAGCUAUUAAACGAAAUGCUUACUGUGUUUAUAGACAUGUAUCAAAAGAAUUAAGAAAUGAUAGACAGUUGGCAUUGAUAGCAAUUAAACAACAUGCAAGUUUACUUGAAUACGCCUCAGAGGAAAUUAGAAAUGAUAGAGAAAUUGUAAUGGAGGCAAUUAGGCGUGAUGAGCAAACAUUAGAAAUGGCAUCUGAUCAAUUGAAAAGUGACAAGUCAUUUUUGUUGGAAAUAGUUCAACAAAAUUCCCAAAUGUUAGAAUAUUUCUCAGAUGAAUUAAGAAAUGACAAGGAAUUUAUAUUAGAAUUAGUUAAAAAAAGUGCAUCUACUAUCAAAUAUGCUUCUUAUAAUUUACGAAAUGAUAGAGAAUUUAUUCUAAAAGCUGUGAAACUAAAUGGAAUGGUACUAAAAUAUGCCACUCUUUUUAGAAAUGAUAGAGAAAUUGUAUUGGAGUCAAUUAAGCAAGAUAUAAACACCUAUGAAUAUGCCUCUCGUGAUUUAAAAAAAGAUAGAGAGGUUUUAUUAGAAAAGUUAUUUAAUUGA